UCAAGAUCCGUGUCGUGUCUACUAAGCCAACGGAAAAAUAAAGGAAUUAAAAAAAUUAAAACCAUUAGCAGUCGCCGUAAACGCGGUUGGGGAAGAAACCAAGGCCACCGUGGAAGAAGGAAGGAGAGACACUAGGCUGCCUUUAUCUUGCACUUGUUCAGACAUCUGACGCAUUUGGUGUCUGGCCUGAAACACGGUCGUCAGGAACGCAUUUGGUGUCUGGACCGAAACACGUUUUCCUCUGUAAUGGAAAAAAAAACUGUGAAGAUUGUAUAUCUUGCUUCCAUUGACCGCACUUGUUGAAAAACGACGGCAACGAAGAAGAAGAAGAGAGUUUACAGCGUUACUACUAUUAUUUAUUACUAGUACUUAGAUUGUUGGCACCGAGGAAAGAAGAGUUGGAAUGAUCUAUUAUGGCCCAGCAGUCCUCUCGUCUCCAUCGCCUCCUCACUCUCUUGGACACUGGUUCAACCCAAGCGACCAGAUUUACAGCUGCUCGGCAGAUAGGGGACAUUGCCAAAGCGCAUCCUCAGGACUUGAGCACUCUGUUGAAAAAGGUUUCCCAAUAUCUUCGUAGCAAAAACUGGGAUACAAGGGUUGCUGCCGCUCAUGCUGUUGGGGCUAUUGCUGAGAAUGUGAAGCACACCUCUUUGAUUGAACUCUUUACUUGUAUUAAAUCGAAGAUGGCUGAUGCUGGGAUAUCUGGUUCUAUUGAAGAUAUGGUUGCCUUCCCUAUUUUUGAUUCUAACGUUGCUGGCACGUCAUUUAGAAGCUUUGAUCUCAAAAAGGUUUUGGAGUUUGGUGCUCUGUUUGCAUCUGGGGGACAGGAGUAUGAUGUUGCAAAUGAUCAUAUGAAGAGCCCAAGCGAGAAACUGGCUCGUCAGAAACAAACACUUCGACGUCGUUUAGGUUUGGAUAUAUGUGAGCAGUUCAUGGAUGUGAAUGAUAUGAUAAAGGAUGAAGACUUUAUUUUACACAACUCGCAUGGGAACGGGACUAAUCCAAGAGUUUAUACAUCACAUAGUAUUCAGCAAUUAGUUGCAAAUAUGGUUCCUAGUGUCUUAUCAAAAAGGCCAAGUCCCAGGGAAUUGAAUCUUUUAAAACGAAAAGCAAAAAUCACUUCGAAAGACCAGUCAAAAGGUUUGUCUGAAAAUGGGGAUAUGGAGGUGUCAUGUGCUCAAAAUAUACCACCAAAGGGGGCAUGUCCUGACUCAUUCGGGACUAAUAAGGAAUUUUUGGACCUGGAUAAUCACGAAGAAAAAGUUGAACAUGAUGGAGAAGGGCGGUGGCCUUUUCAUAGCUUCGUUGAGGAACUAAUCCUAGAUAUGUUUGAUCCAGUUUGGGAGGUACGCCAUGGUAGCGUGAUGGCUUUGAGAGAAAUUUUAACCCAUCAAGGUGUUUCUGCUGGAGUAUUUAUGCCUGACUUGAGCCUGGAGGGUGCAAUGUUUGUGGAAUUAGAAAAUAAAUGGACGUCAUCUACAAUGAAGAGAGACAGAGAGAUUGAUUUGAAUAUGCAAGUUCCUAUUGAUGAAUCUGAACCAGAGCUGAAAAAACCAAAGUUUGAAGAUGUUACAUCUCCAUUUAUGGAUACUAUGGUUUCUGCCAGCAAGAGUGGGGAUUUUGAUAUCAGUAUGCAGGGAGAACCAUUUAUGGAUACUAUGGUCUCUGCCAGCAAGAGUGGGGAUUUUGAUGUCAGUAUACAGGGAGAAGACAGUGGUUGUAAGUCGCCUUCUGGACAGGUUAAUGGUCAACUUCAUGUUAGCUCUGUUAAGGUGGAGCCAUGUGAGCAACCAGCUCAGGCAACUGAGUUAAGGGCCCAGUCUGACAAUAAGGGAUCCUUUCAGAAAAUGGAUGUGCUGAAAAGGCUCUCUGAAAAUAGUGAUAUGAUGAACUUGGUUAAACUGGCUAGGCAUUCAUGGCUUAAAAAUUGUGAAUUUCUUCAAGAUUGUGCAAUUCGUUUCUUGUGUGUCUUGUCACUAGACCGUUUUGGAGAUUAUGUCUCUGAUCAGGUAGUUGCUCCAGUACGUGAAACCUGUGCUCAAGCAUUGGGUGUUGUGUUCAAAUACAUGCAUCCCACUUUAGUUCAUGAAACACUGAACAUCUUGCUGAAGAUGCAGUGUAGACCAGAAUGGGAAAUUCGUCAUGGAAGCCUAUUGGGUAUUAAGUAUCUAGUUGCCGUGCGGCAGGAGAUGCUUCAUGAUUUGCUUGACCGGGUCCUGUCUGCAUGUAAAGCUGGCCUGGAGGACCCCGAUGAUGAUGUUCGAGCAGUAGCUGCAGAUGCUUUGAUACCUACCUCAGCUGCUAUUGUUGCUUUAAAGGGUGAAACUUUGCAUUCUAUAGUGAUGUUGCUUUGGGAUAUAUUACUUGAUUUGGAUGAUUUAAGUCCAUCCACUAGCAGCGUAAUGAAUCUUUUGGCGGAAAUCUAUUCCCAAGAAGACAUGAUUCCUAAGAUUUUUGAGGCAUUGACAUCAAAAGAGAUUGAUUUGAAUGAAUUGGGUAGCAUUGAUGAUACGGGAGAAGGAUUAAUUUCGCAAGAUAAUCCUUUCAUGUUAUCAACGCUUGCACCGCGAUUGUGGCCCUUUAUGAGGCAUAGUAUCACAUCAGUUCGUUAUUCAGCUAUCCGCACGUUGGAACGACUACUUGAAGCAGGAUACAAAAGGAGUCUCUCUGAGUCUUCGAGUACUUCAUUUUGGCCUUCUUUUAUCUUGGGUGAUACCCUUCGGAUUGUUUUUCAGAAUUUACUGCUUGAAUCAAAUGACGAAAUUUUGAAACGUUCAGAGAGAGUUUGGGGGCUCCUUGUUCAGUGUCCAUUAGGUGACUUGGAAAUUGCUGCAAGGUCAUAUAUGUCCUCUUGGAUAGGGCUUGCAACUACUCCGUAUGGAUCAGCAUUAGAUUCUACAAAAAUGUUUUGGCCUGUUGCUCUCCCACGAAAGAGUCAUUUUAAAGCAGCAGCUAAAAUGAGAGCUGUGAAUCUUGUAAAUGAGUCUUGUAGAAACAUCGGGUUGGAAUCUUCGAAGGGAUCCAUUCCAGAAAAAGGUGGAGAUGCUUCAACCAAUAAUGUUCAGAUAGUUGUUGGUGCGGAUGUUGAAAUGUCAGUUACGCAUACCAGAGUGGUUACUGCAGCAGCAUUGGGAGUUUUUGCUUCUAGAUUGCACGAAACUUCAAUGCAGUAUGUAAUUGAUCCACUGACUAAAGCAUUUACCUCUUUAUCUGGUGUCCAGCGGCAGAUGGCAUCUAUGGUUCUUCUUUCUUGGUUCAAAGAGAUUAAAAGUGCAGAUGUGUUUGAAAAUGCUGGAGUUAUGCCAGGUUUUCUGAACCAUCUCAAACAUUUGAUGUUGGAUUUCUUGGCAUGCUCUGAACCUGCUUUCCCUACAAACGAUCCAUGUCUUCCUUAUGCCGAGCUUUCAAGAACGUAUUGUAAGAUGCGUUGUGAGGCUAGUCAGUUGUUAAAUGCUAUUCAAUCAUCGGGUAUGUUUCAGAGUUUGUUGUCUACUACCAAAAUUGACUUGGAAAGGUUGAACGUGGACAAUGCAAUUAAUUUUGCAUCGAAACUUCCAAUGUUGUGUAACGAUGUUGAGGGAAAUGAUUCUUUGGGAAGGCACAUUGUUGACGAUAUAGAGUCAGCAAAACAACGACUUCUGACAACUUGUGGAUAUUUAAAAUGUGUUCAGAGCAAUCUGCAUGUUAGUGUCUCUUCUCUUGUUGCUGCUUCUAUUGUUUGGAUGUCAGAGCUUCCUGAACGACUAAAUCCAAUUAUUUUGCCUUUGAUGGCUUCUAUCAAAAGAGAACAGGAGGAAAUACUACAAGAGAAGGCAGCUGAGGCACUUGCAGAGCUUAUUUCUCAUUGUAUUUCACGUAGCCGAAGCCCAAAUGAUAAGUUAAUUAAGAAUAUAUGUAAUUUAACAUGCGUGGAUCCUAGAGAAACACCUCAAGCUGCAGUCAUCUGUUCCAUAGAUAUUAUUGAUGACCAAGAUCUCCUAUCUUUUGGGACAAAUACUGGUAAGCAGAAAUCAAAGGUCAUUCUGGCUGGUAACGAAGACCGCUCAAAGGUUGAAGGCUUUAUUAGCAGACGAGGCUCUGAACUUGCCUUGAGGCAUCUUUGUGUGAAGUUUGGUGCUUCAUUAUUUGAUAAGCUUCCAAAACUAUGGGAUUGCCUCACUGAAGUGCUUAAGCCUAGUAGUAUUGAGCCCCUUAAUCCUGCAGAUGAAAAGAAAAUUACACAAACUCUAGAAUCUGUGAAGGAUCCCCAGAUCUUGAUCAAUAAUAUCCAGGUAGUACGUUCUAUUGCUCCAAUGCUAAAUGAGGAUUUGAAACCAAAACUACUCACCCUUCUUCCAUACAUAUUUAAGUGUGUUCGCCAUUCCCAUGUUGCUGUUAGAUUGGCUUCCUCUAGAUGCAUCACCACAAUGGCCAAGUCAAUGGAAAUGCAUGUGAUGGCAGCUGUAAUUGAAAAUGUCAUACCCAUGUUAGGGGAUAUGACAUCUGUUGAUGCCAGACAAGGUGCAGGCAUGCUUAUUAGUUUGCUUGUCCAAGGACUGGGUGUGGAGCUGGUUCCAUAUGCUCCUUUCUUAGUUGUCCCUCUUCUAAGGUGUAUGAGUGAUUGUGAUCAGUCUGUCAGACAGAGUGUGACUCACAGCUUUGCUGCUCUUGUACCUCUUCUUCCACUCGCACGGGGCCUCCCUCCACCUGUUGGACUAACUGAAGGUUUCUCCAGGAGUGCAGAAGAUGCAACAUUUCUGGAGCAACUACUUGACAACUCCCAUAUUGAUGAUUACAAGCUUUGUACUGAACUGAAAGUGACACUGAGAAGGUAUCAACAGGAAGGCAUAAAUUGGUUGGCCUUUUUAAAACGUUUCAAGCUUCAUGGAAUCUUAUGUGAUGAUAUGGGUCUUGGUAAGACACUUCAAGCAUCUGCUAUUGUGGCUUCUGAUAUAGUUGAGCAUCGAACUUUGAAUGAUGGCAAUCCUCCCUCAUCUUUAAUUAUUUGCCCAUCAACACUUGUUGGACAUUGGGCCUUUGAGAUAGAGAAGUACAUUGAUCUUUCCAUAAUAUCUACACUCCAAUAUGUUGGUUCUGCGCAAGAGCGCAUUUCUCUUCGAGAACAUUUUGAAAAGCAUAAUGUGAUAAUAACAUCAUAUGAUGUGGUUCGCAAAGAUAUUGAUUAUCUUGGGAAGCUUCUCUGGAACUAUUGUAUCUUAGAUGAAGGACAUGUGAUCAAGAAUGCAAAGUCGAAAAUUACACUUUCAGUGAAGCAAUUGAAAGCCCAGCAUCGUUUGAUAUUAAGUGGAACACCAAUCCAGAAUAACGUCAUGGAUUUGUGGUCCCUUUUUGAUUUCCUAAUGCCCGGCUUUCUUGGAACAGAGAGGCAGUUCCAAGCCACUUAUGGAAAACCACUGGUGGCAGCCAGAGAUCCUAAGUGCUCUGCCAAGGAUGCUGAAGCAGGUGCACUUGCAAUGGAAGCAUUGCACAAGCAGGUCAUGCCUUUCCUCCUCCGUCGAACAAAAGAUGAAGUCUUGUCUGAUCUUCCCGAGAAAAUUAUUCAGGACAGGUUCUGUGACCUGAGCCCUGUACAAUUGAAAUUGUAUGAACAGUUUUCUGGGUCACAUGUGAGACAAGAGAUCUCAAGUAUUGUAAAACAAAAUGAGUUAGCAGAUACAGGAGGGCGUAGUGAAUCACCUAAAGCUUCAUCCCAUGUUUUUCAGGCACUUCAGUACUUGCUUAAACUUUGCAGUCACCCAUUGCUUGUUCUUGGAGAAAAGGUCCCUGAUUCAAUUGCAUGCCUUUUGUCCGAGCUACUACCGGGAGGCUUUGAUACAGUUUCAGAAUUGCACAAACCAUACCACUCUCCCAAACUAGUUGCUCUUCAGGAGAUUCUUGAAGAGUGUGGAAUAGGUGUUGAUGCUUCUAGUUCUGAAGGUGCCAUAAGUGUGGGGCAGCACAGAGUCUUGAUAUUUGCUCAACAUAAAGCAUUUCUGGACUUAAUAGAAAGAGACUUGUUUCUCACUCAUAUGAAGAGUGUAACCUACUUGCGGCUGGAUGGGUCAGUUGAACCUGAAAAACGUUUUGAUAUUGUCAAAGCUUUCAAUUCGGACCCUACAAUCGAUGUUCUGCUACUCACAACCCAUGUUGGUGGGCUGGGGUUGAACCUGACAUCUGCAGACACACUCGUUUUCAUGGAGCAUGACUGGAACCCCAUGCGGGACCAUCAGGCAAUGGACAGAGCACACAGAUUAGGUCAGAAAAAAGUUGUCAAUGUCCAUCGCCUUAUUAUGCGUGGCACUCUCGAAGAGAAAGUUAUGAGCUUGCAAAAGUUUAAGCUUUCAGUAGCUAAUGCAGUCAUUAAUGCUGAAAAUGCUAGUAUGAAAACCAUGAACACAGACCAACUGCUUGAUCUAUUUGCUACUGCAGAAACAUCUAAAAAGGGAACUUCUAUAUUAAAGCAUCCUGAUGGAAAAUUUGAUGGAGAUAUGAAAUUAAUGGGCACUGGAAAGGGGUUGAAAGCAGUUCUUGGUGGGCUGGAGGAGUUGUGGGAUCAAUCACAGUACACCGAAGAAUACAAUCUCAGUAACUUCUUGGCAAAGCUUGAUGGUUGAUGUGAAGCUGACGACUCUGUACAGUAUAUUUCUGCAUCAUGACGUUGAGGGCAAGAGUUGAAUGAGUGGUUCCAAAGCCUGUCAUUACCGUGCCUUGCAAAGUCAUGGAAAAGGCAAAGAACAAACAAGCAUACAAUUUCCAUGGGAUUUGCAAAGACAUGAGCAAGUAUAUCUUGCAAAGGCAUGCUAAAGGAAAGGCAUGAACAAGCAUGCAGUGACAAUCAACCUUUUUUUUUUUUUUAUUUUUUU